GGUAUUGAAGAUGAGAGAUGUCAUUGAAGAUGGAGACCAAGUAUUGAUUGUCCUUAAGCAUUGUGAUAUGCUAUUUACUUCAUUUCUCGUUAGUGAAAUUGUACACGAGAUCUGACUGACGAAUCGAAUUCGUCUUACAUUAAGGCAAUGAAAACCUCUCUACCCAUGAGAAAGAACUACUAAAGCUUCAAUCCAAGAUUGAUCAGAUGGAGAAAGCAAACUUAGAUCCUAAACACUGGACUAUGCAGGGAGAGGCUCGUUUUGAUGAUGUUCAACCAGCGCCUAGUCUGCCCACUAAAUCCAAAAGAGAAGUCAAGGAAUUGCACGAUAGUAAAAGCAAGAAAGGUCUUGCUGAAGUUUACGAGGAAGAAUACGUUCAGAAGUCUAAUCCGUUAUUUGCUCCAUCAACUUUCACUGAUGAACUGAAGAAAGAGUCAAGCAUGCUAUUCAAACUAUGCCUGAAGUUGGAUGCUCUCUCACACUUCCAUUUUACACCUAAACCAGUAAUAGAAGAAAUGUCUAUACAGACAAACGUCCCAGCCAUAGCAAUGGAAGAGGUUGCGCCAGUGGCAGUGUCAGAUGCAGCAAUGCUUGCUCCAGAGGAAAUAUUUUCGGGGACAGGCAAAAUAAAGGAAGAGUUAGAGCUUACACAGGAAGAGAGAAAGAGGAGGAGAGCUAAGAAGAAGAGAAAGUUCAAAGCUGAAUCUGCAAAACAACCUGUGAAGAAGGCGCGUGAUACUACUAGUACAGAGAUGUCUAAAACUGGUAAUGAAUAACGGUGGAAGAGAGGAGAGGGUAUUACAGAGGCAGAAGAGUUGAGUUGAGGCAAAUCUACUAAACACAAGACUACUUCAAAGAUUAGAUGAUACCAACAACAGUUUAGCAUGUCAGAAGUAUUUAAAUUUUGUUCUCAAGGUUCGGAUCAGUGAUUUGGCAUUUUUUUUUUAUCUGACCAUGAUGAAU